CUAACCCAGUAUAGAUACACCACAAAAAAACAGAGUGUUUGAGAGAGAGAAAUCAAGAUGAUAUCAAACUGGAGCAAAGUAGAGAGUGUUCCAAAAUCUUACAUUUUUCCACCCGGAGAAAGACCAGAUGAUAAUCUAAUAGCCCCCUCAUGUGAUCAUUCAAUUCCAAUCAUCGAUCUUCAAUUCCUCUCCUCUCAAAGAACUGAACUCAUCAACCAAAUCUUGAAGGCUUCUCAAGAUUACGGAUUCUUCCAGUUAAUUAAUCAUGGAGUUUCAGAGGACUUAACUACAGAUAUGAUGUUAGUAGCUGAAGAAUUCUUUGCCCUACCAAUGGAAGAUAAAGCAGAGUUAUAUUCUGAUGAUCAAUCUAAACUUUGUAGAAUGAAGAUGAGUAUUGAUUAUGCUAAAGAGAAGGUUCAUUAUUGGAGAGAAAAUUUUCAGCAACCAUGUUAUCCUCUUCAAGAUCAUAUCAAUGAUUGGCCAACAAAUCCACCCAGAUACAGAGAGGUGGCAGGGAAAUAUGUGGUUGAAGUUAGAGAAACGCUAUUGUUGAUUCUUGAUCUAAUUUGCGAAGGAUUGGGACUUGAAAUUGGAUAUAUGAAGGAAUUAGUGAGUCUUGAACAGUUGUUGAUUCUGAAUCAUUAUCCAAAAUGUCCUGAUCCAACGUUGGUCCUAGGAUUGCCUAAGCACUGUGAUCCACACAUACUCACACUUCUCAACCAAGGUCAAGUUCCUGGUCUCCAGGUUUAUAAGGAUCAACAAUGGUUUUCUAUUCCACCAAUUUCUAAUGCCUUUGUGGUCAACAUCGGUUACAUCUUCGAGAUUAUUAGUAAUGGGAAGUUGAAGAGUGGGGUUCAUAGAGUGGUGACCAAUUCGGAAAAAGCAAGGACUACUAUUGCCAAUUUCAUAUUUCCUUCACUUGAAGAUCACAUUGAGCCAUCAAAAAAACUGGUUGACACAACCAAGACUGCACCUUUGUUUAAAAAUUUUGUCUUUAAGGAAUUUUAUAUCUCGUAUUUAACCGAUGUCCGAGAAGGGAAAGACCCGUUACAGCACUAUAUGGUUCGGGACUAACUAAAAUUGGUUGCAGGCCUGUUUGUCUAUCUUUUGUAAUGAAAACCUAAUUCAUGUAAUGCCAGUUUGUAUUAACGGAUUUACAAUAAUUAAAAGUAUUAGUAUGUAUGUUGAUAAUAUAUGUAAAAUGAAAGGACAUUUCUUUGAUCAUCUCCAACAAUAAAAUAGUGAAUAAAUAUAUUUUGUUUUAA